UAGUCUGAUCAGACGAGGACCAGACACGCUGAGAACGCUGCGUAGUUCUCCGGUGAUCGAAAAAGUGAAAUUUUUCAUUGAAAUCCUGCAUUAUUUGUUGUUAGAACAAAUUAAAGACUUACCUGGUGCAAAGGUGGAACAAUCAAUUCCGUGAUGAGCAGUAAUUAUGGAAGACCUCCGCCAAGAAUUGACGGAAUGGUUUCAUUGAAGGUCGAUAAUUUAACUUAUCGAACGACUCCAGACGACCUACGUCGCGUUUUUGAACGCUGUGGCGAAGUAGGAGACAUUUACAUUCCUCGUGAUCGCCAUACUCGUGAAAGUCGCGGUUUUGCAUUUGUCAGAUUUUAUGAUAAGCGUGACGCGCAGGACGCUUUGGAUGCCAUGGACGGACGCAUGUUAGAUGGUAGGGAGCUCCGUGUUCAAAUGGCUCGCUACGGUCGACCCACUUCACCUCAACGCGGCAGCGGUGGUGGCGGUGGAGGACGCCGAUACAAUGGUCGUGAAAGAGGACGUUCUCGUGAUCGUAAUCGACGUCGUUCUCGUUCAUUAGAUCGACCCCGUGGAGGUGGUGGUCGUCGUUCAUAUUCGCGAUCUAAAUCUCGCUCUCGUGACCGAUCUCGCUCCGGUAGCAAAUCAUCCCGUGGUAAAGAUUCCAGAUCUCGCAGCCCGUUAGAUCGCGGAUCCCACUACUAGAGCAAGACAUAAAUAAACAGUUUUUUCGAACAGAUGUAUUACCGAUAAAUGAUCCAGCCAAAAACGCGGUGAAUUUAUUUUAACCGAUGAAUAUGACGAUGUAAACUUUAUUUUCUUCAAACAUAACUACAUAUGGUGUAGGUAAAAUUAGAACAUCUGGAACUGAGACCGUUGGGAAAAGGGCAUAUGCGGUUGCAUGCUGCUGCUGCUGUUGCCUGUAAUGAAAGAGCACGUAUGCAUCGGCAGAAAGAGAGAAAGAGGAGAGUGAGGGAAAUUAAGAGAGACUUCCCGUUCAAAAUGCUGCAGUGAGCGCACGUGUCCCCUGUUCCGUGCCGGUCGUCCUUCGUUACAAGAACCUACGCGCGUCCUGCAUUUGGUAGAUCACGUGGACUUUUCAGAUUGCAGUUUGUCCCUGCUCAAAUCAAUUCGCUGCCUUGCUGAUCGCUUUAUCGCUGGCUGGCCUUGCUGUCGGUUGCCGAACAUGUAACACUGAGAGUAAUUCCGCGGGAGUUGUCUACGGGCUGAGCAUGAUGUGGACGCAGAUCGUCGUUUGUUCCGGAAAUCACCGCAGCUCAGAGAAUGCGCUGCCGAACACUUUCCUGCGGGGGUGCAUUGCUCUUCCCGCUUGCAGGAAGGACUUCGGAAGCGGCCGGCUUUUCUUGUUGCUGCUGCGACCGAGUUUUCUUUCUCUCUUUUCUUUUCCUUCUUUUUCUACAUUCUAGUGCUCUUCGGUUUUUGGUUAUUUUUCGUUAAAUUAAUUGCUCCAAGUAUUUUUGCAUGUCUGUACCGAUGAAGUUGCUGACAAACGCGGAGCACGAGAGCAGAUGAAGAGUGAGAAAGUGAAAUAUGAUGCUGAGUCAGGUUUUCCGGGGGUUUUUAGAUAAAAGAAAAAACGCCGUGGAAUGAGUAAAGGAGCAGGCGAGAGAGGUGUUAGAGUUGCUGGAACGUUGGGGAGACUUGUAGCGGAGGGCAUCCGGAGGAAAGCGCGUUUAAGGCAGAUUGAUCGCAGAGAUUGCAGAGUCGCGUCGUCGAGAAUGUUCGUGACGACGCUACGACAUGCUUUACUACGUAUCCAGUCCCAUUACUUCUUUCUAGGUCACACAAAAACUACCGUUAAGCGUUGUCUUUUUUCGACCUGUUCCCAACAUGGAUAAGUUUUAUAUUUUCAGAUAAGCAUCGAAAACGAUUUACGCAAUUUGGUACUUUUAACAUUUUCAACGGAUUAAUCAACACGGCUAAUACUUCGACAUCCUUACCAAGGGUAAGUUUACUGGAUUUCCAGAGGAUGUUUUGAAACAACACAAACCCAAACUGGAUUUAACAGUUUAUUUCUCAUACUACUUUCAAAUCAAUACUACAUUUUAAGCUAUCAAACAAAAUAAAAUGUAUGAAUGAACAAACGAAAUAAAUCGGAAUGGCAGUUCUACUUCUCAUUCAAACAAUCGAGUAA